AUGGUCGCUUCCACCACAACACUAUUACACGAAAGCAGAACCUUGCACUCAGGUGUAAUACAUGAUAUUCCAAAUGUGCCAGUCCAAAACUGGCUUAGUGAAGUAUGGCAGUUGUCAUCAUGUGAUGACGAUCACGAUUCCGAAGCCAAGCUCUCACCGGUGCCGCCUAACUGCAACCUCCCCGGCGCCGACCGCAAUGCCCAGCCCCACCCUGCCGCCAAGCUCACUGCCCCUGCCAGGCACCCAGCCAUUAGAAACCCCACCCUCGGUCGCACGGCCAACUGUCGAGUCCUAUUUACUUCUGCUGCCUUCUCUUGGCCAGUCAUUUCACACAUCGGAAGAGGGCAUCAUUGCCAUCAAUACAUUCGCGCGGUCACAUGGGUACGCAGUGGCCAUUCUUCGGUCCAAAACUACCAGAACCGGGAUUAA